CCCCUGCGACUGUGCUGUCUGAGCCCCCAGCUGGUCCCCGUUUCCCUUGCUCCCCUGGACUUGAGCCUUUGGAGCAAUGCUAUGGAGAAACUGUCAGCCGGGCUAGCUGGUCUCCAUUGGAGUAUGGGGGCUUUCCCCUUGGACCUCAUCAUCAGCCGCUGUCGUCUGCCCACUCUCGCCUGCCUGGGGCCAGGGGAGUAUGUGGAGGGGGUAAGCCAACAGGAUGUCCUGCUCAUCCACUCCUGCCGCCAGUGGACAACGGUGACAGCCCACAGCCUGGAGGAAGGGCACUACGUCAUUGGGCCCAAGAUCGAUAUCCCGCUGCAGUAUCCAGGGAAGUUCAAGCUGCUGGAGCAGCCUCGAGAUGUUCGGGAGCCGGUACAGUAUUUCAGCAGCAUUGAGGAGGUAGCUAGCGUCUUUCCCGACCGCAUCUUUGUGAUGGAGGCCAUCACCUUCAGCGUCAAGGUGGUGUCCGGGGAGUUCAGUGAGGACAGUGAGGUCUACAACUUCACCCUGCAUGCGGGUGAUGAGCUCACCCUCAUGGGCCAGGCUGAAAUCCUUUGUGGGAAGACCCCGAAGGAACGUUCCCGAUUCACCACCAUCCUCCGAAAACUGGGCCGGGCUGGGUCCUUGGCAGGGUCCCUGGCAGGGAUGGGGAGCAUCGGCGGUGGCCUGGGCACUAGUGGAGCAGCAGGCACCAUCAAGCCCAUUAAAGGCAAGAUGCCGUGCCUCAUCUGUAUGAACCACCGCACCAAUGAGAGCCUGAGCCUGCCCUUUCAGUGCCGGGGCCGGUUCAGUACCCGCAGCCCCCUGGAGCUGCAGAUGCAGGAGGGCGAGCACACGGUGCGGGCCAUCAUCGAGAGGGUCCGGCUGCCCGUCAACGUGCUUGUGCCCAGCCGGCCCCCCUGCAACCCAUAUGACCUGCACCCGGUGCGCGAGGGCCACUGCUACAAGCUAGUCAGCAUCAUCUCCAAGACGGUGGUGCUGGGACUGGCCUUACGCAGGGAGGGCCCCACACCCUUGCAUUUCCUGCUGCUCACGGACAUGCCCCGAUUCACCCUGCCCCAGGGGCUGCUGGUUGGUGAUCCCCAGGUGGAACAGCUGGUGAGAGACAGUGCUUCCUACUGCCACGAGCGCUUCGACCCAGACGAGUACUCCAAAGCAGUCCGGGAAGCCCCUGGAGACCUGGCAGAGGAAUGUGCCAGCCCCCGGAGGGCAAGGCUCUGUUUGCAGGGCCCCAGGCCCGAGGCACUGCCCCGGCUCUCCCUCUGCCUUUACCCCCCUGCUGGGGAGGGGGAGCAGGAAUAUAUGAGUCCAGAUUGGGCCAGCCUGUCAGAACCUGCCCCUCCAGUGGAGAUCCCCUAUGAGGAGCUGUGGACGCACCAGGCAACUGACAGCCACCCAGAGGGUGGGGGCAGGGACAGAAGCAGGCAACCACCUGCAGGACUUAGACAGCCAGACCUCAUCUCUUUUGCUGGGACUGCUCAUCUGGAGGCAGAGGUUCCCCCACCGCCUGUCCCUCCCAAAUCAGAGGCAGUCAAGGAAGAGUGUCGCCUACUUAAUGCUCCACCAGUACCACCAAGGGGCGGCCGGCUCCCAGGCAGUCCUCCUGUCCCACCACGCUUUCCCAAGCUUCAGCCUGCUCACUCCCCCAGUCCUGUCCUCUCCUAUUACUCUUCUGGCCUACAUGAUGGAUCUGGCUCUCGGAGUGGCAGCUGCUCCCCAUCCCCAGAUUCAUACUCUCUAUACUGUUACCCCUGUACCUGGGGUGAUUGCAAGGUGGGUGACUGCUCCAGUCGCCCACUUCAUGGCCCCCUCCCCUCUACAACACAGCCCAGCCAGGCCUCCUGGGCCUACCCUGAACCUGGAAACAGUCGAUCUACACCACUACUUGGGGGAGAGACCCCCAACAAGACAUACCACAGUUGUCCCCCUCCUCCUAAGCCUUCACACCCUCAGAAACGCUUUGCUCCAUUUGGGGCCCUCAAUCCAUUUGCUGGGCCCUCAUAUUCCUCAGGUCCUGCCUCAUCAUCAUCCUCUUCUUCCUCUGGUCCCACUUCUACCCCUGGCCCCAUUUCAUCCUCAAGCCCUACUUAUUCUCCAGGCCCUGUCUCCUCCAGUCAGGCCUACUCAUCUGGUUCCCCCUCCUGCCCCACAUCCUCCUCUUCUUCCUCUGAAUGGCAGGAAACAGCCCUGGAACCUUUUGACCCCUUUGAAGUGAGGCAGGGCAGCUCCCCAGAACCAGAGCUGCUACAGUAUCAGGAGCCUAGAGGAGUGGGCAGGCCUGGGCCCUUGUCACCCCUCUGUCCCACCAAGGCCUUUGAGCCAGAUGGCCUGAUGCUUCGGCGGAUGCCCACCCCAUUGUCCCCUACUGUCUUACAGGUACCAGAGGGAGGUGGAGCACGGCUCUACCUCACCCAGGGGCGCCUGGAUGUGCCUCCUAUUAACCCACGGGAAGGGGUGGUGGGCCGGGUUGGCAGGGACAACACCCCUUGGCAACCCCCAGCUGAUCUAUCUGCGCUCUCGCUGGAGGAGGUCUCUCGGAGUCUGCGCUUCAUUGGCCUCUCGGAGGAUGUGGUGAGCUUCUUCUCUAGGGAGCGCAUAGAUGGCAGCAUCUUUGUGCAGCUCAGUGAGGACAUCCUGGCUGAUGACUUCCACCUCACCAAGCUGCAGGUCAAGAAGAUCAUGCAGUUCAUCAAGGGUUGGAGGCCCAAGAUCUGAGCAGCCUGUCCUAAGGCCAGACAGUAAGAAUGUUUUUGGGCCUCUUAGGGGCAUGAAAGGAGCUCUCCAUAAAGCUGCUCCUGAUACUGGACCCCCAGGGGACCCAGAUUCUAAUGAGGCAGUGCCACAAAGAUCUAGUGCUCCACAGUCAACCCAAGCUCCACGGAGCUGGUCGUGGGUUCUACCACUGGAACUGUAACACAAUUUCUUUCCUUUAGAGACUUCACAUGGAGAAGCUACAAAUGGUAUUAACACAAAUGGGCAGGACCAGCAUGGCUCUGCCCUCUCCUGCUCAAUAGAGUGAUGUAAUAGGUUUCCCAGAUCCUUUCCCACCUCUGGGGGGACCUCUUCCAUUAUCCAAACUCCAGGCUUCCCAAGGUACUUCUUGGUACUCGGCCUGAGAACCGAGCUAUUCCCAAAAGCCCCCAUUUUCCUGCCUUUCUUCCUCUUCCUCCUCCACCCUUAACUCAUUAACUGGACACACUAAGGGUCAAGCAAACUGAGAGCCUGUCCCCUGUGCAUUGUUUGCACCCCAUGCCCCCUUCUCUAGUCACUGUCUUGUCAACGAUAAUUACUGAGCACAACUGUAGGAACACAGGUUGAUUGACAAGAGCUCGAAAGGACCCUAUAGGUCAUCUAGUCCAUCCCCCUCUUUUACAAAUGACGAAACUCCAGCUUGUAGAGGAGGGCUCUUGGCCAAGGUUCCUGUACUCUGGUUGCUUGUAAUAUAAUUGGGAAGACAAGAUUUAAGGGCACUUCCUGGAUGAACCCCCUUCUGUGGAUGGUUCGAGAGCCAAGCUACCCUAGGAACUAGUCAUUUAGUCAGGCUGGAUGAUGUGACCUCUAGCAUCCCUUUCAAUGCUUGAGAUUCAAGUCCAGGUUUCUUCCAAUUAAUACUACUCCUGCCUUCUCUUCAUAGCUAGAUCCUAUUUAUUACAGCGUUUCCUUCUCUCAGCCAGGAAGUCCUUACUGUAGAUAUUGGUGAGAUUUCUAUCACUUGUAGCCACCUCAUAAAUACCUUGUCUGAUGUCUCCAACCCGGGACAAAAGGGUAGAAGGGGGGAAGACUUAUGAAGCCAUAGAAGCUCAGGAAAAAAGUGUUAGUACCUUGACUUCAGGGUUCGUAGACCUCUUGGUAUAGAAGGGACAGAAUAUUGAACUUGGAAUCAUCCUGGUUCUACUUUCUACCUGUUUGACAUUAAGUAACAACUUCUCUGGGCCUUAAAUUCCUCAUUUAUAGAACAAGGACGUUGGAUUAGGCAACUUUUAAAGGCCCUUUAAGCUCUAGAUCUAUAAGCCUUACUGAGUGUUGCAGUGCAUUAACAUGGAGGAGGGUCUUCAUUCAUAGGAAUUUCAGUGUUCUCAUCUAUAAUACAAAACAUAAGAAUGCAGCUCUGGAUACAUGCAUGCACUUUUCUCAACCAGCCCCACCAAGCCCCCAAAGGAAUCACUUCUCUCUCAUGUUUUGGGUCAUAUGCCAGCCAACUACCUAUGGAGACCAGCUUAUAAUCUUACCUCAUCAGGCUGCCUAGAUAUUUAUUUCUUCGUAUUUUAAAGGGUCUGGGUCCUGUUCCUGCUCCUAGCCAUGCCAAGGGCCUUGCCUCUUGGGAAAGGAGCCCAAAUAGUGGAUAGCAGGAAUGUUAUAGUUGAGAGAGUUGGCUCCUGUUAAGGAAUUCUAAUGGAUCAAUGAAAUAAAUACCACGGAUACUGCAGAAGGGUGCAAGCUGAACUGCGUUAUGUGUGCUAGGCCUGGAGGUUAAGCAUAUUUUCUUUCUGCUCCUUUAAGGGACAGAGAAAUAGUGUGUAAUGUACCCCUCUGUUGGUGCCUGGGGCAAGGGCCCAGACUUGUGGUACCCAGGAUUCCCUGUUAACUGACCCAGAGCUGUUAUUUACUUAUGGAAGGUCCUCCCCAGCCCAUUUCUGUAUCUACCCCACUGUUCUGAAUACAAGGACAAAGGGAUAGGUAGGGCUUGAUGUUAGCAAGUGCCAGAGUUCCAUUUCCUAGCUGUGGAUAUUAAAGCCUGUGAGCAUGCUCACUGGCUCUAAAUAAACAGAGGGCACUUGUCAGUCCCAGGCUUUCACUUCUGAGUUGGGGCAGGAGCUUUCAGGCUCCCCAUGAUAGAGCCUUUAUUCCCACGUCCAAGAGGUAUGGGCGGCCACUUCUUUUCUGCCACCUGCUGGAAGUCUGAAAAUUAUAAUUCAGGAUUCCUAGGAUUUGAGACCUCAAGUCCCAGUAGCUGGGACUAGAUUCAGCCAGUAUUAAAACCCAUUCUGCAAUUUAAACGGCUUCCUAACAGUUUCCCCUACAAAGUAAGGGUAUCUCCCAUAAAACCUAAUGAGCUAGUACAGGGUCCUUCAGCAAAGACUAAAACGGGUCAAAAAGCAUUGCGUCCAUGGAGUCAAGAGGUCCUGGGUUCAAAGCCUAUAAGCUUGGGCAAGUUAACUUUUCUAGGUUUCAGUUUCUUCAUACAUAUAAUGAAGGAGUUAGAGUAGAUUUCUCAGAUCCCUUCUGGCUCUAAAUCUAGGAUCCUCUAAUCUUGGAAUCCUAAGGGCCUUUCUCUGGCCAAAGCUAUAGCCCUAGAACAGGUUACCCACUGGCAUGAAAUACAAGUUUGAUAAGAAACAGUUAAUUGGGAUUCCCUCUAUAUGUGAGGCCCAAAAGCACUUGUACCUCCCUUCAGCACAAAGAAGAUCAGAUUUAACUGGGGCUGGGGCUUCUUCCACUGGUACAGACUGCAUCCCCUCUCUAAGGGUUGUUGGGAUCAAAGAGUCCAUCCCCAUGUGGGCAAUCUGGUGACUAGCUUCUCCAAACUCAGCCAGCCUGGUUCUUGGAUGACAUUGAGGCCAUCUCCAGGCCUGCAUUCAAAACCUGCGUCUCACCAGUGCUCACCGGGAUUCCUUGUUUCAAGGAGGCAGAGGGGUAGAGAAAUUCAGUGGUAUGGUGUGAUCAAGUGUGGAGAAGGAUAAUGGAGGAGACGGUGGUUGGGGCUGAGAAGAGCUCCAUUCUUUCCCCUCCUCAUUCUGUCUCCCCCCUUGUCCCUUAGUUCUCUAGAGCAGCAAUAAAUAGAGCUGCAGCAGGGGAGCACGGUUCUGUGAGGAGCCAGGGACGAAGCUGGGAAAGCCUGAGGUACAGACAACACUCACUGACAGACUCAGAUUUACAUACCCUUGGACUCAUUAAAAGGAAUGGCCAUGAAGUUCCACUUUCUAUCUGCGUGGACUUUUCCUCAAGGUACUGAUGGAAGAUUUGAGGGAUUUUCUGGAUCUUACCCUUCUUUAAAGUGAAAUAUUCUGUGUCUGCUGGUUCCAGAAAGCAGCUGUUCAAAAGGGGAGGUUCAACAAAGAGAAAAGAAAAGUGGGGGGGCUUAUGAAGUUUGGUUUUAUUGUUAGAUGUAAGUCAUUCUGGCAGAAGUCAAUCAGUCCUGCUACUGGCAGGAAAGGUGGCUCCAGCUGUGUGGACCAACUUGGGUUUAGAAUCUAGAGCACAGUGAGUUCCAUCUUUCAAAGUGAAGUGCAAUAUACCCAAUUCACAGCUGGUGGAACUGGGAGCCACCAAGUGUUGGUUACACUGUAAGGCACUUUAACCAGGAGCUAGACAGCAAAGGCUGAAUGUGUUUUCCCACC